UAUUAUUGCGUACGCCGUACACUGUUAUUAAUUAUUUGUGUAAAUUUACACAGAACGUGUUACAACACACAUUAAUAACACCAUGUGUUUAAAUUUGCAACACAGAACUUGUGAAUUUACAAUCAUAGUGAGGUUGAAAUUUAUUAACCUAUUUGAUGUGUAAAAUUAUCAGUAGGUUAUUAUAGUUGAAAUUUACUUAUCUUUAUGAUUUGUAAAUUUAUCUUUGUACCAAGAUGGCUAGGUAAAUAUUCUUAUUUUUCCGAAAUUGGUCUUAAUUAUUAGGUAGGUACCGAUUUUUUUUUAAAAGACGACUAGAUCCAAUUUUCUACCAGAAACCACUAUCUAAGAUAAACAAAUACCUAUUGACCGGACCGGUAUUGAAGAUUUUUUAAUGCUCGAAAAAUAGAUGACGUAGCUGGUAAGCUCAAAAAUAAAAAUACUUACACCGGCAACCGGUUACAGUGCUACACCAUAAUACAUACCUAUAAUCUAUAUUAAAAACCAAUGUUCAAAUCAUUCAUCCCUCCUCCUGGAAUCUAAAAUCAGAUUUGUGCCUAGUGAGUUGUAGUAUCUCGAACCGACUAAUGAAUGCAAAAUAUGAAUAACCACAAACCGAAUUAUUAAGUAAGAAAUGUGGUCAUUUGCUAAUAUUCAGUAUAGCGUUGACAUCAGCUAAGUAGCUAUGUUUCUUAUCAUAACUGGAACAUCUGGAGCCUCCAAUGCAGCUACUAGGACAGGUAUAUGAAUACGUUUUUAUGGAGGCGUGUUUGGAACCAGACUAGAACGUUCGUAAACCAGUUUCCUUUUUUUUUUGUUUACGAUCAUAUCAUUUUCGGUUAUCAAACAUUCACAUUUUUGAAACGGAUUCCCACCAAGUUGAACAAAUCGAAUUCUCUUGAUUUCUGUUUAGUGAUCAUGUUUAACCGAUAAAUGAAAAUCAUGUCUCUUUUAUCAUGCUUUGGUCGAAAAAGUACUAACCACCAGUAUGAAGACUUUAUUGAUUUUAUUGACAUGAACAACACGGAUCUAGUUGAUGUACCAUUACAUAUAUUUCUAUAUGAAAGGACCUUAGAAAAGUUAUUACUAUCUUCCAAUCACAUUAAAGAUUUACCUUCACCUUUAUUUCAUUGUAUUCAGUUAAAAGUAUUACAUAUAAGUGACAAUAGAUUAGAACAUCUCCCAAAAGCAAUUGGAUCUUUGGUUAAUCUUGUCGAGUUAGAUGUGAGCAGAAAUUAUUUAUCAACAAUUGAUGAAAACAUAAAGAACUGUAAAAAGCUUUCUAUUUUAAACUUAAGCGCCAAUCCUAUUUCAAUAUUCCCAAUACCUUUGACGCAAGUAUUAUCUUUAGAAGAACUCUGCUUAAAUGACACACAAUUAGAAUUUAUACCUGCAAAUAUUGGUAGACUUAUUAAUCUAAGAGUAUUAGAAUUAAGAGAUAAUAAAAUAUCUCAAAUACCUAAGGCAGUUUCACGUUUGAUGCAAUUAUAUAGACUCGACAUCGGACAAAAUGACUUCAUUGAUUUUCCUACUGCAAUAAGUGAUCUUUAUGGAUUACAUGAGUUGUGGAUUGACUCCAAUGAUAUUGUGGACAUUCCUUCGGAAGUUAGCAAUCUACAUGAAUUAUGGUAUUUUGAUGCUAGUUAUAAUAGAAUAUCUAAAAUUGAUCAAGAUAUUCAAUACUGUUCAAAACUUAAAGAUCUCCAUUUAUCAUUUAACAAUUUAAAAAGUUUACCAAAUUCAAUGAAGCAUUUACAUGAUUUAGUCACAUUAAAGGUAGAUCAUAACUGUCUGAAACAAAUGAAUGGUAUUUUUGAAGGUCUUCAGUGUCUUGAAGAACUUGAUGCUUCUUAUAAUUGCUUAGAAACUUUAUCACCUACUGUUGGUUUAAUGAGAAGAUUAAUUACUUUACGUUUGGAUGCCAAUCGGUUAACUAGUUUACCUACAGAAAUUUGUAGCUGUAGAAGCUUAAGAGAACUUAGCCUACGAUCUAAUAAUUUGUCAUGUUUACCGGACGGAAUUGGAAGCUUACAAAAUUUAGUUGUUUUAAUGCUGACACAAAACAAGAUAACAAAUCUUCCCCUUUCAGUUCUAAAGUUAAAAAAUUUAAAUGCCCUUUGGCUUUCAGAAAAUCAAAGUAAGCCACUAACACCUUUACAAAAUGACUAUGAAGAUGAGACUGGAAAACAUAUUUUAACUUGUUAUUUAUUACCACAAAGAGAAGAGAGUUAUAUGGAAAUUAAAGAUCGAAGUAAUAAACCGGUUAAAACAAAUGCAAGAAUUAGGUUUACUGAAGAUUCUGGUUUAGAAGAACCAGGAAAUUUAAUGAGAGUUCCUACACCGCAUCCCAAAAAAAUGAGAGCAUUUGCAAAAAUGUUGUUGGAAAGGAAAAAGAAAAAUAAUGAAUUAUCAAGUGAAUUUGAUAAACAGCUUUCUGCUGAAAUUGAUAAUUGUACAAUAAUAGAUCAAGAAGCGGAAAAAAUGGAACAACUGUAUCAAAUGAAAAAUUGUCUGAUUGAACCAGAAAAAAUAUAUGAACCAAAAGUAAACACACAAAGAGUACCACCACCUUACCAUAUUGCUGCAGCUUACUCAAAACAAGUAACAUUUUUUAAUAAUGAAAAUCUUAGUUGAAAUAGAGGUAGCUUAUUAAAUAAAUGAAUAUAUUUUAUAAUUAUUUUCAUAUGACCAAACUUAACUAAAACUUCCUAACCAAGUUCAUGUUUGUAAAAUAUAUUUUUUUUUAUAACUUAUGUUUGUUACAUGAUUUUUAACAAAACUUAUUUUUAAAUUGAGAUUUAUAUUUCAUUUUUUUUAAAUUGUAUUUAUAGUUUGAAAACGUACUAACUUAAUUAAAGAUAAUUAUAACAACUUACUAUGUAUAGAAAUCAAAAAUACAGUUUUAUUCGUCUGAACCUAUUAAUGUUAAAUGUAAAUUUAAUGUAAUUUAAGAAAAUUAUUUUACUUGUAAAACCUUUAUGAUGUUUAUAUUUUUAUGAGUGGUUUCGUUUAUUUAAUUUUUAAGUUUCAGUUAUAAAGCUGUAACGUUAAGAUAAAGAAUUAAAAAUUUACCAAUACCACGAUAAAAUCAAAUUUAAUUUAGUUUUUUUCAGUAAAUACAAACAUACAAUAAUUUGUACCAUUAUUCUCAUUUUUAAGUUUUAUUGAUGAAUAUGACAUUUAGUGAGAUUUUUGUAUCUAGCUGUUAACAAAGUACAAAUUAAUACUUAACUCUUAGAUUUUAAUUAAGUUUUUUAUUAUACAACUGUAAUGUAAAUUAACAAUUGUCAAAAUAUAUGUCAAAGCUUACCUAUGUAAACUUCUUUUAUUUUAAUUUUUUAUUUGUGAUUUUUAACUAUUAUCAUACUUCAACUAUAUAUGUGACAUUAAUUACUUUUAACUUAAAAUUGUAAUAUUUUGAA